CUUUAUCAGUACCACUAGAAAAUCUAUAUAUAAUUGAGAAAUUGAUAUACUGUAUUUAUAUUCUACAUUUAAAAUAUAAAAAAAAUGGUUUUCUUUAUUACUAUCUGUUUUUUAGGGUUAUAUGCUUUUAAUGUUAAUGGAUUAAAAGUCGAAGAUAGGGUCCAAGUGCAAGUAUAUUACGAGUCCUUAUGCCCUUACAGUAUUGACUUUAUCGUAAAUCAAUUGUAUCCUGGAUUUUUGACUAUUGGAAGUGACAAAAUCAAUUUGGAGCUCAUUCCUUACGGACAUGCCACUGAAUCCUUAAUUAAUGGCACUAAAACCUUCAAAUGCCAACACGGACCAGCCGAAUGUUACGGUAACAAAAUCCAUUCGUGCGUAAUCGAUUUGUACGACGUGAAUUCGAGUACUCAAUUCAUUUUCUGCGCCGAAGGCUCCGAUUCUCCUACCGAUGAUUCUAAUCUACAAAUAUGCGCAAGAAAUACAAAUGGGAUCUCCUGGUCGGAAAUUGAAGAAUGUAUGAGUAGCGGCAAGGGAGAUGAUUUGCUUUCGGAAAAUGGCAAAAAAACUGCUCUAGUUAAUCCCUUGGGAGUACCAUAUAUCGUCUUUGAUGGCGUUUACUCAGACAAAAAUCAAAAUGCCGCUCAAACGGAUUUUAGGAAGUUUGUGUGUGAUCUGUCGGGAAAUCCUAGUACCGAAUGUAAUAUAUAAUAAAAAAGCAAAAAUUAUAUACUAUAUCCCUUAA